ACUGUACUAGUCAACAAUAAUGCCGAGAAUGACAAGAGAUCUCUGUACUUGAAGAUACUAAAGGCAGGUCUGCUGAGGAUGAUGAGCAGCCUGCCCCAGUUAGCACCCUGGAAGCUCCGCCCGUCGGUCGGCUGUGCGCCUCCUCAGCUCUCAUUCAAAACACAACACAGCUGUUGCGAGACGCGCUGUUGUGCAGCGGAGCGUUGUGGUUUAUAGCAAACUGCGAAGCGCCGUCCUCUGAUGUGCCCGCUGGAGUACCAUCAGACGGAGACGGAGGAAAACGGGGCAUUUCAGCUGCAGAAGCAGACCUCUGAGAAGGAGUGGACCCGAUAGAGAGGGAGAGAAGAGAAUACAGAGAAACAAGCAGCUUCCCCUCUGGCACUAUGUGCAUCUGACACACAUCUACUAGAGAGGCCGAGCAGGCUUUACCGCAGCUGAGAGCGAUGACUGGUCUCCUGCGUUGAAGCUCGAUGGUAUGGGAAUGAUGGACCUCCCUAAUGGCCAAUCAAGCAUCUCCAACACGGCUGCAACAGCCUCUGAGAAGAGCAGCAGCUCAGAGUCUCUCAGCGAUAAGGCCUCUUCCGAGCUGAAGAAGAGUUUUGACGCCGUCGUGUUCGACGUGUUGAAGGUCACUCCCGAGGAGUAUGCGGGCCAGAUCACCCUCAUGGACGCUCCUGUGUUCAAAGCCAUCCAACCAGACGAGCUUUCUAGCUGUGGCUGGAACAAGAAGGAGAAGCACAGCUCCGCUCCGAAUGUCGUGGCCUUCACCCGCAGGUUCAAUCAGACAAGUUUCUGGGUGGUAAGAGAGAUCCUCCACGCUCAAACGCUGAAGAUCCGAGCCGAAGUGCUGAGUCUGUACAUCCGCACUGCCAAGAAACUGUGUGACAUGAACAACCUCCACGCUGUCAUGGCGGUGGUGUCGGGGUUACAAAGUGCGCCCAUCUUCAGGCUCACAAAAACGUGGGCGUUACUGAGUCGAAAGGACAAGUCUACGUUUGAUAGGCUCGACUACCUGAUGUCCAAAGAAGACAACUACAAACGUCUGAGAGACUUCAUCAGCAGCCAGAGCAUGGUCUCUUGCAUACCGUACCUAGGGAUGUACCUGUCCGACGUGACCUACAUCGACUCGGCCUACCCGUCCACAGGCAGCAUAUUGGAGAACGAGCAGCGGUCCAACCUGAUGAACAACAUCCUCCGAAUCAUAUCGGACCUGCAGAGAUCUUGCACCUACGAUAUCCCAGUGUUGCCUCACAUCCAGAAGUAUUUGAACUCUGUCAGGUACAUCGAGGAGCUGCAGAAGUUUGUGGAGGAUGAAAAUUACAAGUUGUCUCAGAAGAUCGAGCCAGGCACCAGCACCCCUCGAGCCAACGCCUCCAAAGAGGAUCUUGUUGGUCAGGAAGUGUCGUCCUCCCCUCUCUGCGGUCGUAAGGGUUCCGUAGCGGCCGACGUCCCCGCCACUCCUCCGUCCCCCAGGAACCUGCUGCCCUACGGACACAGGAAGUGCCACAGCCUGGGCUACAAUUUUAUCCAUAAGAUGAACACAGUAGAGUUUAAAAGCGCCACAUUUCCCAACGCUGGCUCCCGUCAUCUGCUGGAUGACAGUGUGUUGGAGAGCCACAGUCCCAGCAGGGGACAGGCAGAGAGCUCAACUCUGUCCAGUGGCAUUUCACUCGGGAGCAGUGAGGGCUCCGAGCUCAGUGAAGAGAUGUCUUGGCCAGCUUUUGAGAGGACUCGGUUCUAUCACUCUCUGGGCCCAGUGACCCGUGUGGCCCGCAUCCCGUACAGAGGAGUCCUGAGGCCCAGCAGCUCGGCUGAGUCGGAGGAACUUGCCGUUCACCUUUAUCCCGGAGCCGUCACCGUCCAAGGGGUGCUGAGACGGAAGACCGUGCUCAAAGAGGGCAAGAAACCAACCGUGGCAUCUUGGACCAAAUACUGGGUCGCGCUUUGUGGAACUCAGCUUUACUACUACCCUGCCAAGUCCCUGAAGGCCACAGAGAGGAAGCAUUUUAAGUCCACGUCCAGCAAGAGCGUGUGUGUGGUGGGUCUCAUGGCCAUGAUGGCCGACGAUCCAGAACAUCCUGACGUCUUCUUGCUGACCGACUCUGAGCAAGGUAACACCUACAAGUACCAGGCAGGAAACAGGAUGAACGCUUUGCUCUGGUUCAAACAUCUUAGUGCUGCCUGUCAGAGCAAUAGGCAACAGGUGCCAGCCAAUCUGAUGUCAUUUGAGUGAGCGGACGGUGAGAAGAGAGGGUUGAGGAAACGGAAGCGAGGAGGACGAGGAAGUGGAAGCUUUCACUGCCAUGAGCCCCGACAGACCGACUCUCACCCCCCUCCGACCUCACCGCAGCCUCACCUGCCACUACUGCCUUAACCAGAGUUCCUAGUUGUGUCUGUGUGUGUGAGCGCAGGUCUGUGUGGAGACAAGCGACUGCUUUGGAUGUGCUGACCACUGAACAAGGACCUGCACCACUGCUCCCGA